GCGCCGGUCAUUGGCCCGUCGUGCUUUCCUUAUCUCUCGGCUGUACGUAAGAUAGCACAAAGCAGGGACGGCGCUAGUCCCCAUCCGGACUACUGCUCUGCCCAUCCGUGCGCGGUCCAUGUCCAAACCCAUCCCGAGCACAUGUCUGGCACAAAAGACAGUGCCGGCGCUCUCUUCAAAGCAAAAACAUAUACAUACACACAUACACACAUACACACAUUUACACAUUCACCCCUCUACCCUCCCCGACCAUGCACCAGCCCUCUCCCCACACCAGGUCUUAGCUCUCUGCCCCCCAGGACCAGCCCCGGCUUCUCACGCCGCUCCCGCCCCGCCGACGUUGCUCCAUCUUCUACACUGUAGUAGUUGGGCACACGUUCAAUGACGGCGCGAACCAUCAGCCACCUCAUUCUCCUCACAGCCGUUACCGGCAAUCUGGGCCCUUGAGCAGCCGCUGUCUUGUCCCUCUCCCUCGCUCCGCUGCAUUACCCAAAUAUAUUUGCUGUUCUUGGCAUAGCCCAAUAUCCAA